UUCUACUGAGACAACUACCAUGAUUACUCCAUUGACUACUCCAUUGACUACUGUGUCAACUACUGUAUUAGUGAAUAAUGGAAUAAAUAUUGGAGUAAUAGUUGGCCCAAUUGUAGUUCUUACUGUAUUAUUAGUACUGGCUAUAAUUAUAAUUAUUAUACUGGUACUGGUUGUAUACAUAAAAAGAACUAAUAUUAAUCAAAAAAGAAAAUCAGAUAAUGAUAUUGUAAUGGAGUGCAGUCCAGCUUAUGCUACAACUAAAUUUAAAACAAAUACUACUGAUGACAUACUAAUGAAGGAUAGUCCAGCAUACAGUACAGUACAACAAACACAAUCAACUGUUGAGCCAGUGUAUGAUACAACUAAUAAUGAAUAUGAGACUCCUCUUCCACCACCUGCUGAAUAUGAAAUACCAACUGUUUAAUAAUGUACUUGUCUUUUACAUAGUAAAAACUUGGAAUAGUAAUUUAGCUAGUUGAUUAAAAUGUGUGCUUGCGAUAGAAAAAA